AUGGCCGAUCCACCUCCCGAUCCUCCCGAGCCUCAAGUCCAACGCAUCAAAGAUCCUCCUCUGCCUCCCUUCCAUGUCUACGCUAUCGCCCGCCUUGCUGGCCGCUACCGCUGUCUGGGAGGUGUCUGUUGCCCAAGCCCAUACGAGGCCACGUCGAAAGAGUCCAUCGUCUUGUUUCUGCGAAGAACUUUCUCGGACGCGUCAAACCGUAUCCCUCUGGUUCUCGAACUAGAGCUCGGUUCAGACUUUUAUGCCUGCCGCCGUGCCGGCCCUCCCGCGCACAGCCCGCCGUCAGCAGAAGAAGAAGAAAAGCCGUGCUUCCCUUUUAUACUCACGUGCCUAUGUGUUGGCUCGGCAUCGCUCAUGGAAGACGCGCGCUAUCAGGGAUGGAAUCAUUUUGGAGAGAGUGUUUUUCCCUUGUCUGCCGAUGAGAUCCUGGGUAAUUGUCCUGUGGGUUGUUGGUGUCGCUCAGAGUUACUGCCCGAGGACGCCGCCGUCACUGGCGUGUCGGUCAUUUUUGUCGAUGUGACUGAUCCAAGGGACAUCAGACAUCGGUUUGCGACCUGGGAACCAGACUUGGAUCCAGCAUUGGAAUCAACAACGCUUGAGCACCUGAUGACUGGGUGGUCGUUGCCUCGAUGGUCUAGUGACGGGAUGAAUAACGGGCUCUUUACUGAAGAGGAAAAACGCGAGCUGGCAUUUGCUUCCAGGAUAGAGCUGGGGGCAUUAAGAGAGACUUGGCCAGGGAUAACCUGGGAUUCUGAUCCCUCGCAGCAACCGGUCAGAUUGCCCCCGGACAGGCUCGCUUAUGCCCAACGACGUGAUGAGUGGACAAUGGAUCCUAUGGUAGCAACCAUGGCCCAGGUGACUUGGGGCGAACUGAUCAAGUACGAAGCACCUCUGCCUAUAGGCCGACGUGCAGCAACUCGUUCGCAUUUCCGAUCUGAAAUGAAGAAGCAAAAGGGUAAAGUGGUGGCAUGGAACGACGCCGUUCAGCUUCUGAGAUGGGCAUACCGUGAUGAAACCUUUCUGGACUGGGCCUGCUUCACUGGUCUUACAGCACGUGUACUGCGGUUGGUGCUCGAAAAAGACCCCUUAGCCGGCGGGAGCCCACUGGGCAGUGCUCGGGUCCUGACGCUUUGUCCUGAUUGGGAAAAGGAGGAACCCAAGGCGAUUGCGGAAGUUAUAUGCUCCCCUACAGGCGUUCGGUUUUGUGAUGUUUAUAUCAUGACACUACCCGAGCAAGCUGCGUCAAUGGAAACCUGUCGAAAAACCAGUCAGCUCUUUCAGUAUCUGGCGGAAAAUGAACGCCGUCCAAUAGGGAAAAUGUCGCUCACUGGGGCGUAUAGCUCGAGUCUGCACGAAAGAUUCUGGCUUCCCCAACCCAGCAGUCUCUCAGUGACUCGACGAUCCCCCGUCUUACAGUUUCUCCUCCACAACCGCGAAUACUCUCCUGAUGGUGCCACUGGCAUUAUCUCGAAUACCUUCCAGUCCUACUAUCUCGGAGAUGCUUGUCUGACCCCCAUCAAAAUCGUCAACGGCCUACUUGAUUUCAUCUACCACACCCAUUGGACCCCUGACGAUGGUAAACUCGGGCCACCGUGGGGAGACGGUCUUCGACUUUGUAUGUGUCUAUCCCGAGCCUCCUCAACCCUUGACCAAGACCAUGAACGCCCUCAAAUUCAAAUCAGCCCUCUCCCCGCGGAGGCCUACUCCAUUGCCCGCGCGACUUCCGCCUUUCGAGUACACCCCGAGAGAUACUGUCAAAGUCAGAGUGAGCCCCAUCCGCGUUACUAUUCUCAGCUUCGCGAUAUUGACCACGACCAUUGGACCCUGAUUCUUGUCCAGGAGAGACACAAUGCGGUCCAAGAGAGACUCAUGCCAGACGGGUCGACCAUCAUGCUUCCUUCGCUGAGACUCCAGUUCAGCUACUGCUUCGUCCGAUCGUCCAAGCCCGAAGCCAGAUUCUCACUUGUCGCCAAACGCUGUCGCCCGGCAGAUUAUGUUCGAGGAAGCAUGAGGUGGAUCGGGGAAUGCCCGCUAAGCUGGCUGGACCUUGAGACGACGGACUUGGAGGGCUUCCUCUUGGAUACUAUGGGUCCAGGAGUAGAUGUGGAAAAGCUGGAUGCCCGAAUCGAAUAUUACGAUGAGAGAUCUGCAUGGGCGUUGGGGACUAGGGGCGACGUACGGCAAGAUGACAUUUGGCUGGACUUGGAAGUGAUGGAUGCCCAAGGAGCCUGGCAUCUUUGA